CUGAGAAAGAGGGAGACCAACACAGACGGCAAACCACUCUCUUUGAGCAGCUUGUUUUUUAAGUAUGUCAAGACCUUUUAGUUUCACUUCAGUGAUCUCAAAAACAGGUACCUUGUGUUUGCCACUAUUCCAGUUGGUGCUCUCGGACCCGCCGUGUGAAGAAAAUGAAACGUGCAUAAACUAUAAAGAUCAAUACCCAAAUGGCUGGUAUAUCUGGCUCUUGCUGCUGAUAUUCCUGAUGGCUCUUCUCUGUGGAGCAGUGCUUUUCUGCCUCCAGUGCUGGCUGAGGAGACCCCGAAUGGGUUCCCAAAGACACACCAUGGCUGUUUUUGCUGUUGGAGACUUGGACCCUGUCUGUGGGACGGAAGCAACUGUGAGUCCAACUGCUGGAAUUCACCAUCAAACUCAAACUCCUGAACUGUAUCCUGUUUCAUGCUUUGGCAUGUUAGGCCCUCCACCUCCAUAUGAAGAAAUUCUGAAAUCAAGCCGAUUUUAGAUCUGGAUCAUCAGUUGAAAAUGAAACAGCACAUAAAACAUUAACCAGCUUAGAUUAGUUUUGCUUCUUGAAAUCAGGUUACUUUAAUCAAACCUUGCUCGAUAACAGAGACGGCACUGUGCAUGUGCCAGGUGGGAACCCAUAGCCCCAGGACAACCCAGGAACCAAGAAUCUUCAGAAAUGUUGCCACUGGAGUCCUAAAGUAAGAAGAACUUCAGUAAGGAAAAUCCAGUUUCCAGCAGCCCAAGAAGCUUGAUUACUAGCCAAUCAGCUUACAUAGACCCAGCUACAGUUUAGAAGCUCCCAACUCCUUAAAUUUCACCCCAACCUUGGAUCAGGAAAACAGGUUUGAGAGCUUUGCCUCCUGUCUCCCUGCCAGUCGACC